UCAAGCCUAGAAAGUACGACUCUUCAUCCCAAAGGCAACACACCCCAAACCGCGUUUAAUAUUCGUGUUACCCACUUGUAUAUAUUAAUUCUCAAAGUCAAAUCGCAAACCACAAAAACACAUCUCAACAUUCUCGAAUCAUCCGCCAAACUACAAGAUAAUUUUCAGCUAUGACAGGAUCCCAAGAAGAGACUCACAAGCCUCAGAUCGUUGAUCAAGAACAUCCCAAAACACUAGAAACAGAGGAUCCACGACAAGAACAGCCUUCUUCGUCGUCUCCGGAUAAGAAGAAAUGGGGGACUCACGUGAUGGGAGCUCCGGCUGAACCGGUGGCUCACCCCGAUAACCAGCAGGCAGCGGCUUGGGUCGCUGGUGAUAACCGGCAGAUGCCGUACCAACCUUACAUCGUCUACUCUCCUGUAGAGCAUCCUCCGUCUAACAACCCUCUCGAGCCCGUCAUCGGAAUGUUCCAUACUUGGAGCAGGAAGGCUGAAACCGUAGCUCGCAACAUCUGGCACAAUCUGAAGACGGGACCGUCUAUGCAGGAAACGGCGUGGGGAAAGGCUAACUUGACGGUGAAAGCGAUAACAAAGGGAGGUUUCGAGUCUCUCUUCAGACAGAUAUUCGGAACGGAUCCGAACGAGAAGCUGAAGAAGACUUUCGCAUGUUAUCUCUCGACUACGACAGGCCCUGUCGCUGGAACUUUGUAUCUCUCUAAUGUUCGCGUUGCUUUUUGUAGCGACCGUCCUCUCUUCUUCACAGCGCCUUCAGGACAAGAAGCUUGGAGUUACUACAGGGUGGUGGUACCGUUGGUGAAUAUUGCGACGGUAAACCCGGUGGUGGUGAAGGAGGAUCCACCGGAGAAGUAUAUCCAGCUGACGACGGUGGAUGGACAUGACUUCUGGUUCAUGGGUUUUGUUAAUUACGAGAAGGCUUCUCAUCAUUUGCUGACUAGUGUCUCGGACUCUCAAACCGCUCGUACCUCUGCGUCUGGUUAGAGAAAUAUAUCACAGUGUUUGUGUCUUUUUAUUUGCUCUCUAUUGUAUGUGUGUGGUUGGUUUCUGCCCCGAUGUUUCUAUAUGUUUAUGUAAAUUUUGGAUCAGAGUUGGACUUUUGUAAGUCUUCAAUAUAUACAUGUAUGUGUUGAUUAGAGUUGCUUUUCACGUGUGUAUAAGUAUAAAUCCUUUUGUGAUAGUUUGCAUACCCCUUUCCAGUUUUGUU